ACGCACAGUCAAGUUCUUGUCGAGCUAAACUUUUUAAGACUGUUACAAAUCAGCCAUACAAACGUUUCGCCAUGUUGCCAUUCGACGAGAUCCUGACCGGGUAUCUGGGUGAGAUGGGCUGGUACCAGUGGUGGGUACUGUUCCUGAUGUGCUAUGCAGAAAUGCCUGUGGGGUUUCACCAGCUCAUAGCCAACUUUCUCGCCGCCUCCCCCUCCCAUCACUGCGCGGUACCGGGCCUGCAGACAUGGCGGGACUGUCGGCCGAUACCUGACGCCUUGAACAUGAGCAUCCCCUGGACUACGCUAGAUGGUGGAGGUAGUGGUUAUAGUGAUUGUACUAGGUACAACCUGUCUGAAGGAAGCUUCAACAUGAGCUCCGCGGACUUCUGGCAGAACCACACCCCCGAGAGUCUGUCAGCGGGCGGGACCAUCAGCUGUGACAUGGGGUGGGAGUACGACUGUACCACCUUCACGUCUACUAUAGUGACGGAGUGGGAUCUAGUUUGCAACAACAGAGGUCUAAGACAAGUGACCACCUCCCUGUACAUGGUUGGAGUGGGGCUUGGGGCUGUAGUAUUCGGAGACCUGGCGGAUAGGAUUGGUCGCCGCCGAACCUACCUCCUGUCGCUGGCUAUCCAGUUUGUGUUCGGAGUGGCCACGGCGUUCUCCCCUAACGUGGCUCUAUUCGUCAUCUUCCGAAUGUUCGUGGGUGCCUCAGUAUCAGGCGUUGGUAUUAUAUCUGCAGUCAUGGUUUGCGAGUUUGUUGGUCCAAAGGAGCGGGUGAAGGUUGGCGUGCUCCGCCCCGUGUUCUUCUCGGUCGGGGCGAUGAUUUUGGCGGGAGUCGCUUUUGGCAUCCGUGACUGGAGGGCCCUACAGCUCGCCGUUUCUCUGCCCAACUUGCUCUUCAUUCCAUUCUAUUGGUGGUGCCCAGAGAGUCCAAGAUGGCUGCUGUCACGUGACAAAGAGAAGGCCAAAGAAAUGAUACAGAAAAUGGCGAGAAUGAACAGAGUUGAGCUGCCUGAUCACGUGCUCGCGGACGACCCAAGUCAUGUCGAUGACACACAGAAAGAGAAAGAGAAGAACGUGACUAACAAAACGUACACAGUACUCGACAUCCUGCGGUUGCCCAACACAAGGAAAAGGAGCCUCAUCAUAUUCUUUAUAUGGUUUACCAACAACAUUGUUUACUACGGCAUCGCGUUGAACAUUACGGACCUUAGCGGGGACGUCUAUACCAACUCUCUCAUAGCAUCGGCAGUGGAGAUUCCAGCGUACCUGAGUCUUCUAUUCCUACAGGAACGAUUUGGCCGGAAGUUGCCAGUGUUUGUCUACCUACUGCUGACCGGCAUUGGUCUGAUCGUCACGGCAGCACUUCCUCCUGGCCCCGGCCGUGUAGCAGUGGCCAUGAUCUCGCGGUUGUGCAUCACCGGCGGGUUCCAGAGCACCAUGAUCUACACUGUAGAGCUGUUUCCCACCGUCACAAGAAACAUAGGUAUGGGAUUUUCGUCCACCGCUGGCAGGAUAGGUUCUAUCGUGUCACCGUUUGUGUGGCUGUUGGCUGAUCUGUGGCGACCCGCACCUUACAUACUGUUCGGCGUCAUGACCAUCGUGGCCGGGCUGCUGUGCAUGCUGCUGCCGGAGACCAAGGGUGAACAGCUGCCGCAGACUCUGGAGGACGGGGAGGAGUUCGGGAAGGGUGUAGCGGCUGCAGUGUUCAACAAGGCACUGACGACUCUGAAGGUCAAGAAAACAGAAAAGAAAGAAGAUCCGGGAUCAGAUAAUCCUGGAUAUCAAUACAGAAUUUUCACCAUGUUACCAUUCGACGAGAUCCUGACUGGGUAUCUCGGUGAGAUGGGGUGGUACCAGUGGUGGGUCUUGUUCCUGAUGUGCUAUGCCGAAAUGCCUGUGGGGUUUCACCAGCUCAUAGCCAACUUUCUCGCCGCCUCCCCCUCCCACCACUGCGCGGUACCAGGCCUGCAGACCUGGCGGGACUGUCGGCCGAUGCCUGACGCCUUGAACAUGAGCAUUCCCUGGACUACGCUAGAUGGUGGAGGCAGUGGUUAUAGUGAGUGUGCUAGGUACAACCUUCCUGAUGGAAGCUUCAACAUGAGCUACGCGGACUUCUGGCAGAACCACACCCCCGAGAGUCUGUCAGCGGGCGGGACCAUCAGCUGUGACAGGGGGUGGGAGUACGACUGUACCACCUUCACGUCUACUAUAGUCACGGAGUGGGAUCUAGUCUGCAACAACAAAGGUCUAAGACAGCUGACCACCUCCCUGUACAUGGUUGGAGUGUCGCUAGGGUCUGUAGGAUUCGGAGAUUUGGCGGACAGGAUUGGCCGCCGUCGAACCUACCUCCUGUCGCUGGCCAUCCAGUGUGUGUUCGGAGUGGUCACGGCGUUCUCACCUAACGUGGUUCUGUUCAUCAUCUUCCGUAUGUUCGUGGGUGCCGCAACGUCAGGCGUCAUCAAUACGUCAGCAGUUAUGGUUUGCGAGUUUGUUGGUCCAAAGGAGCGGGUGAAGGUUGGCGUGCUCCGCCCAGUGUUCUUCUCGGUCGGGGCGAUGAUUUUGGCGGGAGUGGCGUUCGGUGUCCGUGACUGGAGAGCCCUGCAGCUCGCCGUUUCUCUGCCCAACCUGCUGUUCAUUCCAUUCUAUUGGUGGUGCCCAGAGAGUCCAAGAUGGCUGCUGUCACGUGACAAAGAGAAGGCAAAAGAACUGAUACAGAAAAUGGCGAGGUUCAACAGAGUUGACCUGCCUGAUCACGUGCUCGCAGACGACCCAAGUGAUGUAAAUAACACAAAGAAAGAGGAAAAGAAGGAUGGGACUCACAAAAGCUACACAGUACUCGACAUCUUGCGGAAGCCCAACACAAGGAAAAGGAGCCUCAUCAUAUUCUUUAUAUGGUUUACCAACAACAUCGUUUACUACGGCAUCGCAUUGAACAUUACGGACCUUAGCGGGGACGUCUAUACCAACUCUCUCAUAGCAUCCGCAGUCGAGAUUCCCGCGUACUUGACUCUUCUAUUCCUGCAGGAACGAUUUGGCCGGAAGUUGCCCGUGUUUGCCUACCUACUGCUGACCGGCAUUGGUCUCAUCGUCACGGCAGUACUUCCUCCUGGCCCCGGCCGUGUGGCGAUUGCCAUGAUCUCCCGGUUCUGCAUCACCGGCGGGUUCCAGAGCACCAUGAUCUACACUGUAGAGCUGUUUCCCACCGUAACAAGAAACAUAGGUAUGGGAUUUUCGUCCACGGCUGGCAGGGUAGGUUCUAUCGUGUCACCGUUUGUGUGGCUGUUGGCUGACCUGUGGCGACCAGCACCUUACAUACUGUUCGGCGCCAUGACGGCCAUGGCCGGGCUGCUGUGCAUGCUGCUGCCGGAGACCAAGGGUGAACAGCUGCCGCAGACUCUGGAGGACGGGGAGGAGUUCGGGAAGGGUGUAGCGGCUGCAGUGCUCAACAAGGCAUUGAGGACUCUGAAGAUCAAGAAACCAGAGAAGAAAGAAGAACCGGGAUCGGAUAAUCGGGGAUAUAUCUGAGACACAACUGCUAAGCAUAUGAGAACUUGAACCUCGCAAUUCUGCCUAUUGACAUAUACCUUAUUGUUUUAAAGUUAUAGAAUAGUUAGUUUUUUUCUUUUUCACCAUGUCACCUUGUUAUGUUGUUAUCUUUUUGUUUUGCUACUUUUCUACCGAUUGUUACAUCUUGAUAAUGAUUCAUAGGGAAGAAAGCCACCUAGUAAAAGGAUUAAAGCUACCAAAACCAGCAUGUACUAGACGAUUCAUUAGUUGUGAUUAACGGCUAUAGCAAUAUAUGAUAAUGAAGUAAAAAAAAAACCUUCAACGGUGUCUUCAAUAUGCCUAUUUUAACCCGGUAGUGAAUAACAAAUUCAAGCAAAUAUUGAGUAAGUAAGACGUCCAGACGUUCUGCCAUUUCAGGAUUUGUUCAAAGGACUUUUGACCUUUGUUCUGACUAGAGUACGAGUAAACGUGUGUACUCGCAAAUAUUGUUUCACGUCAGUAGACGGCAUCACAUCAAUUAAACUUGUUAUCAAAGAAUGACUGUAGAUGCAGAACCCAGUGACUGAUGAUGAUGAUGAUUAAAGAAUGAAUUCUUACUUUAAUAACAGAUUUAUCUCAUCCGUUUCUUUCAUUAAAAGAGUGUAGUCGGGCUAUCAUUUG